GGACCGUAAUAUUGGUGGGAGAGUGAUUGCCAGUCGGCCCUCAAUGUCACUCAUAUUGUAACAAAGGAGGUGAAUUAGAAACCGUAUGAUGAUAAAAGUGUAGCGUUAAAAAAAUGGCAGAUCCGGAUCCCGGGGACAAAAAACAGGGCUUCAGACUUUUAGGGAUCAUUGACAUUGAGAAAACUCCUUGUUCACGAGAUGCUAUUCUCCAUGGUGCCGGGGGAUCUGUCGUUGUAGGACUCGUACAUUUUUUGGCAACAAGCAGAGUGAAGCGGUCAUUUGAUGUUGGCAUGGCUGGAUUCAUGCUAACAACACUGGGUUCAUGGUUCUACUGUCGAUAUAACAAUGCAAAACUACGGAUUCAGCAGAAGAUUAUUCAGGAUGGGAUAAAGAAUAAAAUGAUAUACGAAGGGACAAGUCAUGAUCCCACACGUACAGCAAGAAAUCAGUGAAAUAAUCUCAAUGUUGAACUGCACUUUUAUUUCUUCCUCAUCUAAAUCUUUGCAUUUCAUCCUUUCAUCUAAAUGUGGGUUUGUUCAGUUGCUUAAAUAUGAAACACAUUUGCCUAAUCUGUUAAAUUUGGAGAAAAAAAAUGUAUGAAGUUAGUGACAUAAUAAUACGUAUAUACUGUGUGCUUAUUGUUUCUGUAUGUAAUGAUAGUAAUUACUGUUUUAAAAAAUGAAGCUUGUUGUUUCAUAA